CUCGAUUUCUCUGGAGGGCGUCAAAGUGGCGUUUUCUGUGAGAAUGUCGCUUCACGCCGUGACGUUGUGCCUCUUCCUGGGGCUGGUGGCGUAUUCCGCUGCAGCGGACAAGAAUUGGAGGAAGAAUGCGCUCGUAUAUCAAGUGUACCCCCGAAGUUUCAAAGACAGCAACGGGGACGGGGUGGGCGACUUGAACGGCAUCACUAGCAAGCUGGAGCACAUAAAAGACAUCGGUGCCACCGCCUUCUGGAUCUCCCCCAUCAAUACCAGCCCAAUGGUGGACUUCGGCUAUGACAUUUCAAACUUCACGGAUAUCGACCCGGUUUUCGGCACCCUGGCCGAUUUCCAAAAAUUGACGGCUCGAGCCAAGGCCCUAGGACUCAAGGUGCUCCUCGACUUCGUGCCCAACCACAGCUCCCACGAGCACGAGUGGUUCAAGAAGAGCGUCAAGAGGAUCAAGCCCUACGACGAGUACUACAUCUGGAGAGACGCUAAGGUCGUCAACGGAGUCAGACACCCGCCCAAUAAUUGGCUCAGCGUUUUCUGGGGAUCCGCUUGGGAGUGGAACCAGGAGCGAGGCCAGUACUACUUCCACCAGUUCGCAGUCGGCCAACCCGACUUGAACUACCGCAGCAAGGCUCUGGACCAGGAGAUGAAGAACGUCCUGAAGUUUUGGCUGGACCGUGGAGUGGAAGGUUUCCGAAUCGACGCCAUCAACCACAUGUUCGAGGACCCGCGAUUUCUUGACGAGCCGCGCUCCUUCCUUCCUGGCGUGAAGCCCAACGAGUACGAGUACCUGGACCACAUCUACACGAGAAAUCUUAACGAGACCUACGAUGUCCUCAAGUCCUGGAGAAACCUCUUGGACCAGCACUCGAAACUGCACGGGACCGACCCGAAGAUCAUUCUGACGGAAGCCUACACGUUCAUGCCGUUGACCAUGAAAUACUACACCUACGGAUCCAACGCUCCCAUGAACUUCAUGUUCAUAGCCGAUCUAAACAACGGGUCGACCGCGUCGGACUUCAAGAGAACCAUUGACAACUGGAUGAACAACAUUCCCGAUGGCGAAUAUGUGGCGAACUGGGUGGUCGGCAAUCACGACAACCACAGAGCGGCCAGCAGGUUCGGAACUCUCAGAGCCGAUCAGCUCAACAUGCUGAGCUUGAUCCUGCCGGGAAUCGGCAUCGUCUACAACGGCGACGAGAUCGGCAUGGAGGAUAACGUCAUCUCCUGGAAGGACACCGUCGACCCCGCUGGAUGCAACGCCGGACCCGACAAGUACCACCUGAAAUCCAGAGACCCGGAGCGAACGCCCUUCCAGUGGGACAACACGAAGAACGCCGGCUUCACCACCGGCAACAAGACCUGGCUGCCCGUCCAUCCUAACUACAAGACCCUGAAUCUCGCGGCCCAGAAGAAGGUCCCGAUCUCGCACUACAACGUCUUCAAGUCUUUGGUAAGGCUCCGGCAGCUCCCGGUCCUCCGAGACGGCGCUCUGGAGAACAUCCUCGUGCACGACAACGUCCUGGGCAUCGUGCGACGUCUGCGAGGCUCUCCACCAGUGGCUCUGCUGGUGAACUUCUCGAACUCCCCGAUCGUCGUCGACGUCUCUACGAGGCUCAACCUCCCUCGGGUCCUGACCGUCUACACUGCCAGCAUCUACUCCAAGAUCCCGGUUGGAUCGCGAGUGGACGCCUCCAAGCUGACCAUCCCAGGAUCGGCAUCCAUCGUCCUGAGCACUCCCUCGCUCGGAAAGUACCUGCAGGCACUUUAACGGCGACCUUAAUUUACUGAUUAUUUUAGCGUCUUUGGAUGAGUAAACCGAGUCGAUGCUUAAAGCUCAAUUGGUUUCAAUAAAUUCCAGUCAAGUUCCCUACGUA